AUGCUGGAGCACGAGGUCGAGGUGUACGAAGAUGUAAAGGCGCCAGAAGUUAAAAAGUACUGGUUGCCAGUGAACUGGGCCGUAACCUUGAUAGCGCGAGCCCGCAACAAGGAGUUUAUCGCUGAUGCACCUUCUUAUAGCUUGAUGAUGAAGGAACUUAUUACUUUCCGCACCCAUCUUGCUCUCUUGUGCAACUAUGAUUGGGUCCCUAUACCAAUAGCCUAUCCUCAGGUCGUGUUCCUCGCUGUGCGCUCCUAUUUUAUAAUAUGUCUUGUGUCACGACAAUUCCUCAUAGGGGACGGUGCUCCAAACGCUCCGUCGGUAAGGACGAAUGGUAAUCUGAAGGCUAAGAACACGCUCAGAGUGUGGACGGAGCGUCCAGUAGCUGAAGCACUGCUCAAUCCCCUUGGAGAAGACGACGACGAUUUUGAGUGCAAUUUUCUCAUCAAUCGCAACACAACUAUCGGUAUGGCCAUUGUCGAUCGGACAGCCGGCAAGUGUCCUGAAAUGACCUACGACACCCUGUCCAAUACCAGUGUCACCAAGUUCGGAGGUGGAGAAUACGGUGGCGAUCAUGCCCUUGUUGGAUCAGUUGCUGAUGUUGUAAUACCUCCAGAAGAAACGCCAGGAGAUCUCGCUCGGAUAGGAUCAUUUAUAUCAUCAGCGCGAUCAUCAGCCCGACUUUCUCGAAAAUCAACAUCCUCAGAAAUAGGAAGGUCAGUUGUUUUGCUUGUAGAUUGA